UAGAGAAGCGAUGGGGAACUGCUGCUGCACAGCUGCUGUGCCGGCGGCGGGGAGUGUGGGAGGACGGCGGCGGCGGCGGGGAGAGUCUUCGUCUCGUCGUCACAGAGGGAUCAAGACGGUGGACGUGGAGGAGUAUCACUGCGAAUUCUCUUCAGGGGAUCAGAAGUCCGACAUUUGCAUUUGCGUUGUCACAUGGAACAUGAACGGCCAGGUUUGUUAUGAAGAUUUGGCGGAGCUGGUGGGGAGCCAUAAUGCUAAGGAGAGGAAGUAUGAGCUGUUGGUGGUUGGUCUCCAGGAAGCUCCUCGCAGAAACAUUGCCCGUUUGUUGCAGGCUGCUCUCGCCAACACUCAUAUGUUGCUGGGGAAGGCCAUUAUGCAAUCGCUUCAGCUCUAUGUUUUUGGUCCUUGUCGCAGCUCAGAGUUACUUCUCACAGAAGUGGAGGUUGACAAACGUUCAGUGGGAGGUUGCGGCGGAAUGGCCAGAAGGAAGAAAGGAGCCGUGGCGAUCCGCAUCAACUACAAAGGGAUCUCAAUGGUCUUCAUCUCCUGCCACCUCGCUGCUCAUGCCGGGAAGGUGAAGGAAAGGAAUUGGGAGAGCAAGGACAUAACGCACAGCCUCUUCUCCAAGAACUCCAACCCUUACUCCAGGCCAGCCCACCUCACAGUCUGGCUGGGAGAUCUCAACUACAGGAUCCAAGGAAUCGACAACUUCCCCGUCAGGAAACUCAUCCACAACGACCUCCAAUCCAUGCUGACUGGCAACGAUCAACUGCUGCAAGAAGCCGAGAGAGGACGGGUCUUCGAUGGAUUCUGCGAAGGCACUCUGACGUUUAAGCCGACCUACAAGUACGACACUGGAAGCAGCAACUACGAUACUAGCCACAAGGUGCGAGUGCCGUCGUGGACGGAUCGUAUUUUGUUCAAGAUAGAAGAAAGGGACGAGAAGAUGAGUGCGAAUUUGCAUUCUUAUGAAUCCGUCGACGGUAUCGACAGCUCCGAUCAUAAGCCCGUGAGGGCGCAUCUUUGCUUGAGACUUACUGAUGAUAAAUAAGGCCGGGCGCAUGCAGUACUCGUCAUCAACAUCGUCGUCUUAAUUACUACCAAGGACAAUGUUUAUAGUGUGAUUAGUGUGUAAGCAUAUUUGAUUAAAUUGAUUCAUUUUUUUUCCUUUUCUUGGAAUUGUGCUUUAAUUAAUAACUA